UUCCUCCAAGGAUAGACAUAUCAACAACUUGAACAAGUUGCAAGAAUAAAAAUUUUGAACUGUCAGUCACCCUGCCAGAUUGUAGAAAUCAGUAAAAAUAAAGAUAUUUUGUAUGACCCUACCUACUACUAAGUCUAAAGGCCUAGCAGUAUAGGCCCUAGCCUAAAUUAAAUUUAUAUUCAGCAAGAUGUAUUUACGCAAUGGAAAUAAUGGUCCAUGGUGUCUCAACUGGAUUCUUCUGCGACUUGUAGUUAUCUUUCUUCUUUCACAGGUUGCUGACAUAGAUAAGAUAGAAAUGUUGCAAUCGUUAAAAUAUCUUGGGAGGAGAGUCCACCAAGAGUCAUUGACUUGGUCACUGCUUCAAAAUAUACAGCAGAAAGAGGUUCCUGGCUGUUUGCUUCAAGGAAGACGUCUGUAUACUGUAUCUCCAAGUGAUGGACGUCAUCUCACCUCAAAGAAGAUUCGGCAGAUGUUUAUAGAUUUCUUCAAGGAUGAGUAUGACCAUGUGUUUGUUCCUUCAUCUUCUGUGAUACCGAAGAAAGGAGAGGGAACAUAUUUUGUAAAUGCGGGAAUGAAUCAGUUCAAGCCGAUCUUUCUUGGCACCGUAGACCCCAGCAGUGAGAUGGCCAAGUACAAGAGAGUUGUCAACAGUCAGAAGUGCGUGCGACUGGGUGGGAAACACAAUGACCUGUGCGAUGUUGGCAUGGAUGGAUAUCAUCAUACUUUCUUCGAAAUGCUUGGCAGCUGGUCUUUUUCAGACUAUUUCAAGGAUGAAGCAUGUGAAAUGGCUUGGAAACUACUGACAGAAGUCUACAACUUGCCAAACGAAAGGCUGUAUAUAACGUAUUUUGGAGGUGAUAAGAAAUUGGGUCUCCAACCCGACAUGGAAUGUAAAGAAGCCUGGUUGAAAUUAGGAAUUCCGGCCAGUCGUGUCAUUCCCUCCGGCAUGAAGGAUAACUUCUGGAUGAUGGGCCACACUGGACCAUGUGGGCCAUGUUCUGAGAUUCACUAUGAUCACAUUGGAGACAGAGAUGCCACCAGCCUGGUUAACGCUGGAUCACCCGAUGUCAUUGAGCUAUGGAACUUGGUCUUUAUGCAGUUUGAUCGACAAUCUGACCAGUCGUUAUUGUGUCUGCCUUGUAAACAUGUAGACACAGGAAUGGGCUUGGAGAGGAUAACAGCUGUGCUUCAGGGAAAGACCUCGAACUAUGAUACAGAUCUAUUUCAACCAAUAUUCCAUCAGAUACAAAAAAUGUGCAAAACACCACCAUACGAGGGCCAGUACGGUGCCAGCGAUACUAAAGGCCUGGACACUGCCUACAGGAUAAUUGCUGAUCAUAGUCGGAUGGCUGCUGUGGCUAUUGCUGAUGGGCUUAUGCCAGGUCGAGCCAAGUUAGAGAACAAACUUCAUCAGAUAUUGCAUCGUAAUCUGAAACAGGCUCACACUCUUCUGAGAGCACCGAGGGGUAUGCUGGCUGAAUUAGUGCCAGUCAUUGUUGAUAUUUUGGGGGAGGCAUUCCCAGAGCUAAAGGAGAAACAAAGAAUGAUUAUCGAAGUUAUGAACACCACAGAAGAAAAGUAUUUGUCGCAGAUGGAGUCUGGAAGGAAGGUCAUGGAAAAAGCUCUCGUCAAGAUGAAUAUAGUCAAAAAUAUGACAGCUGACCAGAUCUGGCAGUUGCAUGAUGGUUCAUAUGGCCACAGUUUGUCCCUUGAUCUCAUCCGGGAGUUGGCAGUUGAGAAAGGUAUUAACUUGGAUAUGAAAGGCUUGGAGAAAAAGUUGGACAGUCUAAAGGAACAAUCAAAACUACAAGUUGACCAAAGAAACCUUGGCCUGAGACUUGACCAGCACUUGCUAAAGUCUCUGAUUGAAAAAGGUGCCCCACCAACUAAUGACUUCUCAAAAUAUGAAUACAGCUGUGAGAAUGGAACAUACAACUUUCCAGUUAUCGAAUCCUCAGUGCUUGCCUUGUUGUCCGAUGGGAAGUUAGUGGACUCUGUAGACGAUGGCAUGGAAUGUGGCGUUAUAUUAGACAGAACAAACUUCUAUGCCGAGGCUGGAGGACAGGUUGCAGACAAGGGGAAUUUGAAAAGUCAGGACUUUACCUUCAUAGUUCGAGAUGUCCAGCAAUAUCAAAAAUAUAUCCUCCACACUGGUGUUUCAGAUGGAGGUGGCAUUUCUGUUGGGGAUCGUGUUCAACUUCACAUUGAUGAGGAUCAUCGCGUUGGCUGUAUGUGCAACCACACUGCUACACACAUGGUGAACCAUGCGCUGCGUCAGGUCUUCAAGAACGUGCAUCAGAAAGGCUCAGUAGUUACAUCUGAUAGGCUGUCCUUUGACUUCAACUGUCUGGAGACAGUGGACAGAGCUAAAAUAGCACAGAUUCAAGAGACAGUUGACGAGCUAAUAAGGGGCGAAUAUUCAACACAUCGGGAAACCUUGCCGCUUGAUGUUGCCAUGGGCCUGCCGGGUCUCUGCACGCUACAAGAUGAAGUGUAUCCUCAGGAUGUUAAUGUCAUAUCCAUUGGUGCUGAUGUUUCAAAGUUAUUGGAGCCAGGCUCUGAGGCGAUUGAUUGUUCUGUUGAACUAUGUGGAGGAACUCAUGUGCACAACACCGGAGAUAUUGUGUCCCUCGUGAUCACCAAGUUGCUUAGCAUAGCUCAGGGUACCAAGAGGGUCGUUGCAGUCACAGGAAAGACUGCUAUUGAGGCUUUAGAGAGUGCUGAUGACCUGCAACGAUUGUUUGAAGAUCUCCAACAUGAUAUUCAGAGUGGCUCAAAUCCCGAUUCCUGGGCCGAUCAACUCAAAGGAAUAGACACCAUCUUCUCUACCUGUGUUUUACCCAAGCUGGAGAAAGACCAUCUCUGGACUGAGGUGGACCUAGUCAGGCAGAGGGUUCGAACACAUACCAAUCAGCAGGUCAAGGAACAUAUCAGAAAGACAAUUCAGAGCUUCGUAGAAACCACUAAUGAUGUGAUCGUCCGAGAGUUUCCCCUGGAUGACAUUCCAAUGGUCUCGCAAGUCUUGUCGAAGAUGAAAGUGGAAAAACCGAUCCUGUUGACAUCAUGUGUUCGGACACAGCUAAAAGUGAUAGCGUAUAUCCCCAAUGACAAUAACAACGAAUCCAGAACUUGGUUGGAACAUUCAUGUUCAGAGCUCAAAGACUUCAGGAUUACGAAAGUGAAAGGCAAAAAAACAGGCCAACUGUUUAAUGCUGUUUCUAGUGACGUUGGGGGCCUUCAGUCUGUGCUAGAUAAAGGGAUAGGACACUUCUCUUUAUUGGAAAGGAAGACUAGAUGACCGCCUAUGAGGAACUACAGUGGAACCUCCCUUAAUGGACGCAUCUCUAUUUAAGGACUACCAAAUGAGUCAUGUAACAAAAUAAAACAGCGAAAAUUACCAGUACAGCAUUAACUUGAUGUUGCUCACCAUGAUAUGCGGAACGCACAAAGAGUUUGUUGAUGUAAAUAAAUAUGUUUGA